AUGCUGUUUGGAAGAAAAGCCGCCGAGAGAUUGGCCAACAAGAUCGUCCUCAUCACGGGGGCGUCGUCGGGAAUUGGCGAGGCCACCGCCCAGGAGUUCGCCCGUGCCGCCAACGGCAACGUCCGUCUCGUGCUUGCCGCCCGCCGCGAGGAGCGGCUCAAGCAAGUGCGGUCCCAGUUGCUCGAGGAGUUCCCCAGCCUCAAGAUCCACACCCUGAAGUUGGACGUGACCAAAAAGGAGCAGAUCGGCCCCUUUUUGCUGGGGUUGCCCCAGGAGUUUGCCGACAUCGACAUCCUCAUCAACAACGCCGGCAAGGCGCUUGGCCGGCUGGCGGUGGGGGAGAUCAGUGACGACGACAUGCAGGGGAUGAUGGACACCAACGUCAUCGGGCUCAUCAACAUGACGCAGGCGGUGUUGCCCCUCUUCAAGCAGAAGAACGCCGGCGACAUCGUCAACUUGGGGUCGGUGGCGGGCAAAGACCCUUACCCCGGCGGCGCCGUGUACUGCGCGUCGAAAGCCGCCGUCAACUUCUUCUCCCACUCGUUGCGCAAGGAGUUGAUCAACACGGGUAUCCGGGUGAUGGAGGUGUGCCCCGGGGCCGUCAAGACCGAGUUUUCGUUGGUGCGGUUCCACGGCGACGCCGACGCCGCCGAGAAGACCUACGACGGCACCACGCCGUUGACUGCGGAGGACAUCGCCGAGAUCAUCGUGUUUGGCUGCUCGCGCCGCGCCAACACCGUCGUCGCCGAGACGCUCGUGUUCCCGUCACACCAGGCGCUGGCGUCGCACGUGUUCAGAAGAUCGUAG